CCGCUAGGCGCUCUGUGUUUUAUUUGGUAGCCGUUAGCAGCAUGAUGGCGGCUCCCGUCCCGGCAAACAGCUCCUGUCCUCAGCUCGUUUAACAGCAGAGCUCCGUCUCCCCGGCGCACGGAGCCGCGGCCCCGGUUAUCUCCCGACACUGCGUCCGUGUUCGUUCAGGUUCUUAUUCGCCACAGCGGCUACCGGCGGCAUUCUGACGAUUCUGCACAGCGUUGACCGGGUAAAAUGGCGGCCUGUCUGCUGCAGUCUGCGGGCUAGCUUGCUAGGAGCACCGCGCUCCGUCUCGAAGCCACCGAUUGGAUUAGCAACGGAGGGUUCGUUCUUCAACCUGGGUCUGCACCGGACACUGGUUCUUCAGGGUCGGAUUCACGUUACCCUCACCGGGAAAGGCGCUCAUCACUGCCCGCAGUUAGCCACUGGGCUAGUUAGCGGGGUAAUGCUAACCCCGCGCUGUUAGCGAGCGGACACUAUUAAAAGACUUGUGAAUACAAUUGACGAAUUGUUUCCGUCACCAAGAAGCGUGAGUACCGAGCCCUGAUAGCGUCAUGGCAUCCAACCCAGCGGUGCUACAGCCCCGCUGGAAGCGCGUCGCGGGCUGGACCGGCCCGGUACCGCGGCCCCGGCACGGACACCGAGCUGUGGCCAUCAAGGAGCUGAUGGUUGUGUUCGGCGGAGGGAACGAGGGGAUCGUGGACGAGCUGCACGUCUACAACACAGCCACCAACCAGUGGUUCAUCCCGUCGGUCUGUGGAGAUGUCCCCCCUGGCUGUGCCGCCUAUGGCUUUGUGUGUGACGGGACGAGGCUGUUGGUGUUUGGCGGGAUGGUGGAAUACGGGAAAUACAGCAGCGACCUGUACGAGCUGCAGGCGAGUCGCUGGGAGUGGAAACGUCUCAAGGCCAAGGCUCCAAAGAACGGCCCGCCCCCCUGCCCUCGCCUCGGACACAGCUUCUCUUUGAUUGGGAGCCGCUGUUACCUUUUCGGAGGCCUGGCCAAUGACAGCGAGGAUCCCAAGAACAACAUCCCCCGGUAUCUGAACGACCUGUACUGUCUGGAGCUGCGCCCAGGGUCCAGCGUGGUCGGCUGGGAGGUCCCACUGACCUCAGGUCCGCCACCGCCGCCCAGAGAGAGUCACACGGCGGUGGUGACGAGCGGCCGCGGAGAAAACAGACUGAUCAUCUAUGGAGGGAUGAGCGGCUGUAGACUGGGCGACCUGUGGGUCCUUGACAUAGACACUCUGACCUGGACCAAACCAGGCCUCAGUGGGACCGCCCCCGUCCCUCGCAGCCUCCACUCGGCCACUGCCAUCAACAACAAGAUGUAUGUAUUUGGAGGUUGGGUUCCUCUGGUGAUGGAUGAUGUCCAAGAGGCGACUCAUGAGAAGGAGUGGAAGUGCACCAACACACUGGCCUGCCUCAACCUGGACAACAUGUGUUGGGACACAGUCCUGAUGGAUGUUCUGGAGGAGUCUGUCCCCAGAGCUCGAGCAGGUCAUUGUAGCGUCUCCAUCAACUCCAGACUCUACGUCUGGAGCGGCAGAGACGGAUACAGGAAGGCCUGGAACAAUCAGGUGUGCUGCAAGGACCUGUGGUACCUGGAGACAGAGCGUCCCUGUCCUCCCUCUCGGGUGCAGCUGGUCCGGGCCAACACGUCGUCUCUGGAGGUGAGUUGGGGUCCGUCUCAGACAGCGGACAUGUACCUGCUGCAGCUGCAGAAGUACGACAUUCCCGCCACACCUGCAUCCAGCCCCGCCCCCAACCCCGUGCCCACGGCCACACCUGCAGUCAGCUCCCCCAAGAGCCCCGCCCCCGCUGCAGUGGCAUCGACCAACCAGUCCGUCACGCUGGUCCCCUCCCAAAUCCUCUCCAUUCCUGGAAGCCCAUUGGCUGCUGCUGCGAAAGCACCAGCUGUCCUGAAGGUGGCAGCAGCUCCAGGUUCAGUGGGUGGAGCCUCCAUUGUCACAGUGAGACAGGCUACACCUAAAUCCCCAGCUGCCGUGACAACGCUUCCUGCAGGCGUCCGCAUGGUGGUACCUUCUCCAUCCGGACAGGCGAUGCCAAUAGGCAGCAGUCCUCAGAUGAGUGGCAUGGCGGCGUUGGCAGCGGCGGCUGCAUCGACUCAGAAGAUCCCCCCCUCGUCCGCGGCGGGGGGGCUGAAUGUCCCGGCUGGAGCCACGAUCGUGAAGACGGUGACCGGGAGUCCGGGACCCAGCAGCCUGCCAAUCAAAGUGGCCUCUCCUGUUACCAUGGUGACCAGCUCGGCCACUCGGAUGUUAAAGACCGCUGCCGCUCAGGUGGGCGGGGCCUCAGGUGUCUCAACUCCUGGCACCCCGAGCCGACCGGUCAUCACAGUCCAUAAGUCCGGGACAGUGACUGUCUCCCAACAAGCUCAGGUGGUCACCACAGUGGUGGGCGGAGUCACAAAGACCUUCACUCUCGUGAACAGUCCACUCGGUGUGGGAGGAGGCGGGGCUCUGAUCAACAACCUGGGAAAAGUGUUGUCAGUGGUUCAGACCAAACCAGGAGCUGUUACUGGUCAGGCUGGGAGCAGCUCCAUCGCUCAGAUGAUCCAGAAGGGCGCUCUCCCGGCAGGAACCAUCUUGAAGCUGGUGACGUCUGCAGACGGUAAGCAGAAGACCAUCCUCAGCACCGUGCAGGCAGGAUCCACGGCCUCCAAGCCCAGCGUCCUCGGUGUCUCCCCGACAGCCGGCAAACCUGGAACCACCUUCAUCAAAACCAUCCCAGUGUCGGCGCUGCACGGCGCUGCAGGUGGAAACAGUCCAUUCACCAUCCUCACCACUAAAGGGGUAUCGCCAGGAACUAUGGGUAAAAUCAUCACCACAGUCCCCAAGAUCACUGCAGGAGGUCAACAGGGGGUCACACAGGUGGUGUUAAAGGGAGCUCCAGGUGUACCUGGUACCAUCCUCAGGACUGUUCCCAUGAGCGGAGUCAGACUGGUCUCACCUGGAUCCAAACCUAGUGUUGCCACUCUGGUGGUCAAGUCAACCACAGCAGGUGUGUCCACUCUGGGGACAGUAACAGGAAGUGUCUCCACCACGCUGGCAGGUGGAGCCAUUGGUUCUGCCAACGCCUCCCUGGCGACGCCCAUCACCACCCUGACGACCAUUGCUGCACUUGCCAGCCAGGUUACCAAGGCAACCGCUGCAGCGGUACCCACACAGGUGACUCUGAUCACAACUCCGAGCGGAGCUGAAGCUCAGCCACUGGUCCAGGAUCUGCCCGUCUCCAUCAUGGCAUCUCCUACAUCAGAAGAACCCGGAAGUGGUACAAGUACUACGACGGUAGAAGAGACUACAGACACUGAGACAGCAGUGAUGUCCAUCUGCUCCAACCCGCCGUGUGAGACCCACGAGACGGGGACGACCAACACCUCCACUGUCGCAACAGCAACCAUGGGGGGGGGGGACAGAGUGUGCUCCAACCCGCCGUGUGAGACCCACGAGACGGGGACGACCAACACCUCCACUGUCGCAACAGCAACCAUGGGGGGGGGGGACAGAGUGUGCUCCAACCCGCCGUGUGAGACCCACGAGACCGGGACGACCAACACCUCCACUGUCGCCUCCUCCAACAUGAGCCAGGCACUACAGGUUUGUUCAAAUCCUCCGUGUGAGACUCACGAGACCGGAACCACCAACACAUCGACCACAGCAACAGCUCAACAGGGCGGAGACGUUCUUCAGGUGGACACCACGGACCCCACCAGCUCUUCUGACCCCCCCUCCUCCACAGCCAAUCGCAACAGAGCUGUUACCAUGGUUACACAGGCAACGCCCACUCCCGGACCAUCCAUACCUAUGAUCUCCUCUUUGGUCAAAGAAGACAGAGUUGAGUCCUCAGAGACAGAGGCUGUCGCCAUGGUUACAGGGGAGGAGCCUGAGCCGACAGACAGCCAAUCAGAGGCUGUAAGUUUACAGGUUCACAUGGAGGUCAGCAAGACAGCUGCACAGGUGGCGACCACAGACCUUCCUCAGGAGCUGAUGUCAUCAGAAGGGGACGUAGGUGAGGUGGUCCCUGGGACCACUACCAUGAUGUUGACAACAAGACUGACCCCAGAUCAGCUGACUGCUCAGCAGGCAACAAUACAGGCAGUACUGCAGGCAGCUGGACACAUAGGUGGAGCAGCGAACUCUGUGGAUCAAUCUGUCCCGAUCAUUUUGACUCAGCAGGAACUGGCAGCUCUGGUUCAACAACAGCAGCAGCUACAGGACGCCCACGCCCACACCGAGCCGCCGCCCAGCAGCCUGCCCACAGAGGGCCUUGCUCCAGCAGACAGCCUCAAUGACCCGGCAGCAGAGCUGACCUCAUCGGCAGUGACCAGCGCUGUCGCCAGAUUAGCCAGCACGUUCAGCCCCGCCCCCCCGCUGACAUCAGGUGUGGCAAAGAUUCAAGCUGCUGCCACAGUGACUGAGGCGACCAAUGGCAUCGCAGCGACCAAAGAGCAGCCGAGUGCUGAGGUGAAGACUUCGGUGAGGAGCAGUCGAUGGUACGACGUUGGCGUCGUUAAAGUUACAAACAUGGUGGUGUCUCACUUCUACAUCCCACAUGACGACAACAUGGCCGAAGACGACUCAGGUGUGGUACCUGACUACAGUCAGAUGAGGAAGGUGGAGCUGCAGCCAGGGACAGCCUAUAAGUUUCGUGUUGCUGGGAUCAAUAUCUGCGGCCGUGGAGCGUUCUCCGAGGUGUCUGCAUUUAAAACAUGUCUGCCGGGUUUCCCUGGAGCGCCAUGUGCCAUCAAGAUCAGCAAGAACCUGGACGGGGCUCAGCUCACCUGGGAGCCUCCGGCUGUCACGUGGGGCACGAUCACGGAGUACUCGGUGUACCUCGCCAUCCAGUCCAGCCAUGCCGCCUCAGCUGUUUCAGGCCCGGCACAGCUGGCCUUCAUGAGGGUGUACUGUGGUACCAGCCCGUCCUGCCUGGUCCAGGCCUCAAGCCUCGCCAACGCACACAUCGACUACACCACCAAGCCAGCCGUCAUCUUCCGCAUCGCUGCACGCAAUCAGAAGGGCUAUGGGCCGGCCACCCAGGUCAGGUGGUUACAAGAAAAUAAAGACACAAAAACAACAGUGAAGAGAGGAGGAACUACACAACCGAAACCCGUCGGACCAAAGAAAUUCAAAACGGACCAAUAGGAGGAGGCCACCACCUCCUGAGGACGUGAUUGGUUCUCCUUAUCUUAAGCACCAUUGGUGCAACUCUGGGAAACUAACAAAAUUAAAGACUUGUAAUAUAUGUGUACAUUAUCGGCCAAUCAAAACCUCUGCAGUGUCACUGAGACAGAGAGGGGCGGAGUCAACAGCAUUUCAUGGAAUGAUGGAAACAAUAAAGUUUGAAUUUGAGUCGUAGCUCUGUCUGUCGGACGUCUUUCUACAGGUCAGAGGUCAUGCUGUUGUCAGGGGGUGGAGUCUAAACCAGCGCUGUUGUAAAUGAUUUAGUUUUUUUUAUAUUCUUCUGUUGUUGAGGCGUUCGUGCUCCCGUUGGUCACUGGAUACGAUUCCAAAAUCAAGCCUGUUUGUGAAUAUUCUCUGGAACAAUAAAGAUUUUUAGAUAAUUUUUUAACAA